GAAUCCCAUUUGAAAAUUGCUUUGCCUGCAACUGCAACGGCAACGCCAGCAAAGUAAGGAACGCUAAGGCUAGGCAGAGCAAGGAAGGGGAAGGAUGACCAUGCCGUGGGAGCUGGUGGCGUACAGGGUGGACAUGGUGUGGGCGGUGCUCGCCGGGUGGGUGUCGGCGUGCCUGCUGGUCGCCAACGAGAUCGCCAGCGGCAUGCGGGCCGGGGAGAUUGGCCCCUUUAUCGUGGGGUGA